AUGACGAAUAUUGAAAAAUUCUUUAUUCUAGGACCAAAUCCGCAAUGCAAUUUUUGGUAUUUAGGUGCUCUUCGUUCUGCAUAUAUUAUGGCAUCAUAUAUUGGUGAUGAAGAUUUUGCUAAUAAAUGUGGAUAUUUAUUUAUGAAUGGUAGUACUUGGAUAGAUAAUAAUUUAUUUAAUGGCGAAUAUUAUGAACAAAAAAUAAUUGAUCCUAAAACUGGUCAAUUUAUUCCUAGUAACGAUCCAAAUGUACCUGAUUAUCAACUUGGUAAAGGUUGUCUUGUCGAUCAAUUAGUUGGUCAAAUGAUGUCUCAUGUAUGUAAUUUGGGUUAUCUUGCUUCAUCAACAAAUAUAGCAACAGCAUGUCGUAGUAUAUUAAAAUAUAAUUAUAUUGAUACAUUUAAUGAACAUUUUAAUAAUAUGCGUUCAUUUGUUAUUGGUGAUGAAAGUGGACUUUUAAUGGCAUCAUGGCCACGUGGACGUUUACAAUUUCCAUUUCCAUAUUUUUCGGAAUCAAUGACAGGUUUUGAAUAUACAGCUGCAUGUAAUAUGAUAUAUGAAAAUCAAACACAAGAAGGUUUAAAAUGUAUACAGAGUAUUCGAGAUCGUUUUGAUGGUCUUAAACGAAAUCCAUUUAGUGAACCAGAAUGUGGACAUCAUUAUGGACGAUCUAUGACUAGUUGGGCAACAGUUUUAGCUUGGUCAGGUUUUCAUUAUUCAGCUGUGACACGAACAAUGGAAUUUGGUGAUAAAACUGGUGUAUUUUUUUGGUCAAAUGGUUAUUCUUGGGGUUCAUGUUUGAUUGCUAAAAAUAAGAUAAAAGCACAUUUGACAGUUGUUUAUGGUACUGUUGAAAUAGAAUUUUUUGGAAUCAAAGGAAAACCUAUGAAAAAAUUAUUUGAAAGAGUGAUAUUAUCAUCGACAAGUGAUAUAAAAACACUUACCAUUGAAUUUGAUGAUUAA